AUGAGCUAGGUACUUAAACUAAUAACUGGUAUUUUUUCACACCAAACCUUCAAGUAAAUACAAUAAAAUGUUGUGCAUCCUAAUAUUAGUAUUUUGGGUUGCAAAUAGCACGUUUGCCAGAGGAGAUCAUAACCCCAAUUAUUCGUGCGAUUUUGGAGACGCCCCUACCGUAACGCAAAUAACAGAACCUAUAGAUCAUUCCGAAACACCGUCAUGGGACGGUAGAAGGGACAUGUUGUAUUACGUAGACGUACAUACAGGACGGGUUUUGAGCUACAAUUAUGACACCGGUAAGGUACAUUCUAUAACACUUGGUUCUGGAAGUAUAGGACCGGUGGUACAAACAAAAAAUAAGGACGUUUUAUUGGUCGGGUUUAACAGAUCUAUAGUGGCAGUGGAAUGGGAUGGAAAAAAUAAUAUGAGUAAAAAAACUGUCUUGACACAAGUAUCUGAUCGGUUUCCAGAUAGCCAUUUCAACGAUGGUAAAACUGAUAAAAAUGGUAGAUUAUGGUGGGGUACAAUGGGCCUAACUCCUGACAUACAAAACCAGGGUGCGCUCUACAAGAUAACAAGCCAAAAUUUGAACAAGCCAGACGUUGUGAUAUCGCCUGUAAAUGUGAGCAACGGUCUAGCGUGGAACAAAGCAAAUGAUAAAUUCUACUACAUAAAUUUCCCUGCACGAAAAAUAUUCGCCUAUGAUUUUAACCUAGAAAAAGGGGAAAUAUCCAAUCAAAAGGUAGUGUUCGACCUAGAAGACCAUAAGCAAUUAUCUGGUAAGCCAGAUGGCAUGACCAUAGACAUUGAAGACAACCUCUGGAUAGCUCUAUUUGGUGGGGGAUCUGUCAUAAAAGUUAACCCAACAACAGGCCAACUACUGAACAAAAUAGCCAUUCCAGCUCAAUACGUGACCGAUACGAUGUUUGGAGGACCAAAUUUGGACAUUCUUUUCGUCACCACUUUCAAAUACACUUUGACAGAUGAGCAGAAAAAGCAGCAACCGGCUGCUGGCGCUCUCUUCGCAGUAAAAAUUUUGAAGACCAAAGGUAGACCAGUUUUUGAAGCUUUUCGGAAAUGUGAAAUGCGAAAGAUUAGCUGGUUUCAUUGUAAUUACCAUCAAAUAAAGUAA